AUGUCAACUUAUACAUUUAUUAUUAUAGGCAAGAAUGAUAAUCCUUUAUAUGAAUUAGAGCUUCCUGCAUUGUCUUCACAAAAAAAAGAUGCUGCCUAUAUAAACCAAUAUAUAUUACAUAGUUCACUAGAUGUAGUUGAAGAAGCUGUAUGGAAAACAAAUAAUAUGUAUCUUAAAAUUGUAGAUAAAUAUAAUAAAUAUAAUAUAUCAUCUUAUGUUACUGCUGGUCAUAUAAAGUUCAUGUUGCUACAUGAAAAGAAAGAUGAAGAAGCAAUCAGAAACUUUUUUGUAGAUGUACACGAUCUUUACUUAAAGAUACUACUCAAUCCAUUUUAUACAUAUAAUACACCGAUUACAUCGACUGCAUUCGAUGCCAGAGAAAAGUUUGACCAUCCAUGGAGAUUGGAUGGUGGAAAAUCAUUGGAACCAGGAUGCUACUAUACUUUUAAUGAGGGAAUUGGACCAGUUGUGCAUACUCACCAAGCAUUGACAAACUUCCAGGAAAUCGAGAAAAAAUUCAACUAUGAGAUACGCGAGAAUAAGAAUAACGUUGUCGAAGACUGGAAGAUCUAUAACAUCGGAAAUACAUUCAAGAUCGAAGGUGACUUGAUAGGUUCACUCAAGACCGGCCAGAAAGCAGAGAUCAAAUGUACCACCAACAGUGAGAAGUCAUUGAUGGUGAUCGUUCGUAGACCCACACCAAAGUAUGUCACCAUCAAAGACAUCGAUUCCUUCUCCGAUGUUGUAUACAAAGCGUGGGCCAAACAGCCAAACCGAUUUGUAGAUAGUGCCCUCUAUGCCAUGGAAUUCCAUUUGCUCUACAAAGAGACCAAGAACUCGAGUUUCACCAUCAAUGUCAAUGCUGACAUUCAGAACGUUGGAAACGCAGAGGUGAAGAGCACUCUUUCAUUUGGUGGAGACUUUAGCUACUCCAUUUCUUUGAAGCAAGAUAAUCCAAACGGUGAACCGUUGUAUACUGGAUUAUAUACACAGCUAGGUUUUAUCAAAAAAGGUUGGUUCGGUAGAAAGACUGACAUUAAGGAAACAAAAGAUUACGAAGAUAUUAUUCAGCCAGUUCGUCUCGGAAGAACAAUCGCAGCUGAAUCUUCACCAGUCGAACAAAAGUUUGCUUCCACAGCAGAUGCUUCUCCUCUCGAAUAA